AUGGAGAAGAAGAAUGUUGUGGUUGUGGCGGUGUCCUCUGUCGUUGCCAUCUUCGGCAUCUUAUCUGCUGCUUUAGCUUUCGGUGCUGAGGUUACCAGGGUCAAGGCUUCUGAAGUUGUGAUGAUUAGUGCUGAAUACUGCAUAUAUCUCGGGGAUCGAAGUAGUCCGGCUUCGGGUCUUGCUGUAGGUGCAGUGGUGGCUCUUGUGAUAGCACAGAUAACAUUGAAUGCUGCAAACGGGUGUUGGUGUUGUUGUUCCAGAAAACCUCCUCAUGCCAAGCGGAGCUGUGUAGUUCUCUGCAGUAUUUUGUCAUGGGUCACAUUUGUUGUUGCAAUCCUCCUUUUGGUGAUGGGUGCUGUCUUUAAUAAUGAGUAUUUGCGGCGGGUGCAAUCUUAUCCGUCGCAAGCAUUGCAACUGGGAUCACCUAUUACCUUCUCUUAG